AUGGUACAGUCAGUGGGCAACAUGGCGCUGACGAGGGUCGCUAAAUGUUGUCGGUCGUUGGUUCGUGAACCUUCAAAAGGGCUUUUCUGUGGUGUUUUGCAGCCAGGCUGGACUGAAAGCUGCUCCGGAGCUAAGAGGCACCUGUUGACAGAAGAUGUCAUCAAACUACAAAACUUCCAGCAAAGGAAGCUGGCGGUGGCUCACCUCGUCAGUGGAUCGCAAGUUAAUAUCAUUGAGCAAUUCAGUGAGAAGCUACAGAGGAAAGAGCUGAUACUGCGAGAUGAGCUGAAGCUUCUCCUUCACUUGUGCCAGUCUACAGACGACAUGAUGAUAGCCAGAGAUGCCAUUUAUAGGUAUCAUGCAGAGAACCGGAACAUGGCGUACGGAGACUUCAAGUUUGGCCCUCUCUUCAUGAGACUGUGCUAUGAGCUGGGCCUGGAGGGCUUGGCUGCAUCUUCAAUCACAGAUCAGAACAUGAAGGGAUUUUUCAAUGACUCGACUUCCUUUAACAUCGCCAUUGACAUGCUAUUCACAAAAGGAUAUUUUGAAAAUGCCAUGGAGGUACUAAAAACCAUGAGGAAUCAAGGGGUAACAUUCAACAAAGACACAGUGAUACUGGCAUCUGGCACCUGCUAUAAAUUGAACACGGCUGAGUCCUUCAGCAUCUGCACUGCUCUGAUAGAGGAGGAACAGACCAAAGGGAACUUUAUCCCAAGACACGCUUACUGCUUCGCUGUGGCAUUAGCACUUAAACAGGAUGACAUAGAAAAGGCCCAGUCAUUGUUCUCACAAAUAAUGAGCACUGACAGCAGAUUAUGCCAAAAUUUAAAGGUUAUGAUUCAAGCAAUGUCUGGAGCAGUGACAGAUGCCAUAAACACCCUGUCUGCAGCCAUGGGACCUCGAGGUCCAUCUUUUGUGAGGAAAACUGAAUUUUCUCAGGAGGUGGUGGAUUUGCUGCGCAUGCAGAGUGAGGGCGGCCCACACACGAUGAAAGUGCAGCAGGUAGUGACUGGUCUUGAGCAAGCCAGUCAGGUGACCCAGUACACCAUCGACAGCAUGCUGUGCCAAACACCCACAGGGAAGAGGAAACCGGCGCCAGUACUGGAGGAGAGGAGGAUGAGCCGAAGGACUCUGCAGCCGCUGCAGUCCACUCUGCUGUCAGAGUGAGAGACGCUCCAGUCCUGCUCUGUCUACAGACUCUGAAACUGUUUUACCCCAAUCUGACAAAAAACACAAACUCUGACCAGAUUGGAUUUACUAAUCUGGUGUAAGUGUAUGUUUGGUCACAAUUACUAAAUCUACCUCUCCGUAAACACAGACACAGUCAUCCCUCUGCUGACUGGACUUUUGGCCCUUUUUUUGUCAGCCCUAUUCAAAAUUUGAGGUCACAGUUCAUGUUUGCGCAGCAGGCACUUUAACAAAAAGCUGCUGAGAGAAAAUACAGAAGCAACGCCAUCUAAAUGGGUAUGGAUUUCCAUGCAAGGGUAUCAUAAAUAACUAGUGAUUUGGGAAGAAGGUGUUGUGUAUAAGUGUGUGCGAGUCAUUAAAGGUUAAUCAGAUAUUUACUAAUUAAAAGAAGAUUCUUUGUCUUGCUUUUAAAGUGUAGGGAUGCUGGUGAAAUCAUGCUUGUUUUGCCAUCUUUGUUGGCUCACACUGUAUUCAAGUUUGUGUAAACAACAGCCAGGUGCUCAUGUGUUCAUUGCAGUAGGUUUUGCAAGGUGUAGUCACACCUCCUGUUCAUAAUGGCCACUUAGAGACACAAAAAUAUAUUCCAAAUUAUAUCUGAAAUCAGUAUGAGGCUUCAAAGUCAAAGUUACUGCCUCUUCCAAACGAAAUUCCCCUUUUUUAUUAUUACCCUUCCAGAGACAGACAAAGACGGCGUUCUGUACAACAAAGACACUUUGGAACAUGAUUUGAUUAACUCAAACAGCCGAGCCUCACAUUUGCUUCUGAUAAAUCUUUGAACACGUUUUUACACAAAAGAAGCACUGUGACAAUUUUACUCACCGUCACUUACA